UGCUGUUCAGGAGCUCACAGAGGAGCUCAGGAGGUUCAGAUAUCUGCUUGGACUCGAGGAGGAAAGAAGAAAACUGGAAAAACCAACAGAGGAGGAGGAGAGGAGGUGCAGUUUCUCCCCCUCAGAGAGCAGCAGGAGAGGAGGUGCAGUUUCUCCUCCUCAGAGAGCAGCAGGAUGUUACCGGUGAUCCUGACAGUUUAUCUGAAUGACACCCAGCAGAUGCUCACGGAGGUCCCAGUCACACCAGCAACACGGGUGGCUGACGUGGUGGAGUACUGCAAAGAGGCGGGCGAGUCCGAUUGUCACCUUGCAGAAGUCUGGAAUGGACAUGAGCGAGCUCUUCCUCAGCAGCUGCUGCUGUUGGAUCUUCUCCAGCAGUGGGGGGGCAGGAGGCCGGAGGUCCACUUCUACCUCAGACACUGCCCCCUGUGGCCACCAGGCGGUCAGCAGCAGUUGGAUCAGAACCAGGUGGUGGAGGCAGCAGAGAGCGGACCAGAGAAGGUUCCUCAUGUGGAGCUGACCCUCUCUGAGCUCCAGGAGAUGGCAACCAGACAGCAGCAGCAGAUAGAGGCCCAGCAGCAGGUGCUGAUGGCCAAGGAGCAGAGGCUCAGGUAUCUCCAGCAGGGAGGAAGGUCCCACCCAGGACAGACCCAGCCUGAAGCUGAGAAGCUGCAGCAGCUGAAGGAGCGAGUGGAAACCCAGGAAGCAAAGCUGAAGAAGAUCCGAGCCAUGAGAGGCCAGGUGGACUACAGUAAGCUGAUCAAUGGAAACCUCUCUGCAGAGAUCGACCAUGUGAGCAGCUUGUUUCAGGAGAAGCAGGCAGAGCUUCAGUCUGCGGUGAUCAGAGUGGACCAGCUAACUCAGCAGUUGGAGGACCUGAGGAGGGGACGCCUUCAGCUGCAGUCCGAUGCACAGAGGGAGGGAACCCCGACUGGUUCCCCGGGUGGAACCACGGGUCACAGAGGCUCAGCUCUGUCCGGCCCUGCAGCCGUGGAGCUGAGGAAACUCUAUCAGGAGCUGCAGGCUCGGAAUCAUCAGAAUCUGGAACAGAGCAGCAAACUGGCCCAAAACAAGGAGCUGUUGAACAAGAGGAACGUCCAGGUGACGGUAAUGGACCAGCGAAUCGGAGAUCUCAGGGAGCGGCUUCAUAAGAAGAGGGCAGAGCUGUGCCGUUUGAAUGGCGCCGGCUCCACCUCUCCUCAGGCCGCCCCACAUCCCGGCGGUGGCGUGUCUGGCCGAGUGGCCGCCGUCUGUCCUUACGUCCAGACACCAGCCGAAGGGAGGCAGGACCCUGGAUACCCCGCGGCCGCUGACCCGCCCCCCAAACCUGCACCGCUCAACCACAUCCGCUCCCUCACAGCCAAUAAAGCAUUAUGGCCAAACAUCACUAAGAGUGGACCGGACCGGAGGACCUGCAAUACAGAACUGCUCCCCUCUGGGUACGGCACCUACCCCAGUGCGGCCCACCAGGCGGCUGGCAGUCACUGCGCCACCAGCUCGCUGCCCCGUUCUGCCCCCGGUACCCUGGGCUGGCCUCGCUCCACCGCUGCCUCUUCUUCAUCUUGUGUUUCCCAGCAGAGUGUUUCUGUUCCUCUGAACACAGGGUCUACCUCCUCCUCCCAGCUGGCUCCAGUCUCCCUUCCAACAGAGCGCACAGACCCACCUCCUGCAGUGGCAGUGGUAGUCCGUCCUUAUGUUCCAGACCAUCCGUCCAGACCUCAGUCCCCCAGAAAGGGGCCCGCCACCAUGAACAGUAGCUCCAUCUACAGCAUGUAUCUCCAGCAGCCCCAGACCAAGAACUAUGGGUCUUUGAGCAACCGAACGACCGUCAAAGCAGUCUACGGCAAACCCAUCCUCCCCUCAAGCUCCUCAUCUCCAUCCCCCAUCCCCUUCCUACAGGGAGGAGGAGCGAAGGCUGCUGGAGAUGAAGUCAAGGAAAAACAAGGAGCAGGAGACUCCAAUGAUGGACAGGUCCUUCCUCCACCCAGCGUGGAAAACAUCCCACGACCCCUCAGUCCGACCAAGCUCACACCAGUGGCCCACUGUCAGCUACGAUACCAGAACGAUGCUGACCUGGAGGUUUUGCGACGCCGUUUCAGCAACGCCCCGCGGCCCCUGAAGAAACGCAGCUCCAUCACAGAGCCUGAGGGCCCUCAGGGACCCAACAUCCAGAAGCUGCUGUACCAGCGGUUCAACACCCUGGCAGGAGGCAUGGAGGGGGGCUCAGGGAAUCCUUUCUACCAGCCAGACUGCAUUCUGGGAGACAUGGACAGCAUCAAUUCAGCCAGUGGGCGCGUCAGCGAAGCAGCUGAGGAGGUCGAAGAUCAAACUCUGAGCUCAGGCACCAGCCACUCCCCUCCACUUUCAGUUACCAUAGAAACACCGACAGUAUUAGAGAAAACUAACCAGGCAGCCCAACCCAGCUCACCUCCUGGACCCGACAGGCUUGCGGACCAGAGAGUCCCCGGCUCCGCCCACAGCACAAAAGGCCACGCCCCCUCCUCUCAGUCACCUCCUGCUCUGCCUUCAGCUCCAAAGGUAAUUGUGAAAAGAACUAACCUGAAGAAGCCAUCGUCUGAGCGAACCGGACACGGUCUUAGAGUCAAGUUCAACCCUCUGGCCCUUCUGCUGGACGCCUCACUGGAGGGAGAGUUCGACCUGGUGCAGAGGAUCAUCUACGAGGUGGAGAACCCCAGCAUGCCCAACGAUGAAGGCAUCACUCCUCUUCAUAACGCUGUGUGCGCCGGUCAUCACCACAUUGUGAAGUUCCUGCUGGACUUUGGGGUGAAUGUCAAUGCUGCGGACAGCGAUGGAUGGACCCCUCUUCACUGCGCCGCUUCUUGCAACAGCGUCCACCUCUGCAAGAUGCUGGUAGAGUCUGGGGCAGCCAUUUUUGCUACAACCAUCAGCGAUGUGGAAACGGCGGCUGACAAAUGUGAGGAGAUGGAGGAGGGCUACAGCCAGUGCUCCCAGUUCCUUUAUGGGGUCCAGGAGAAGCUGGGGGUGAUGAACAAAGGCUUGGUGUACACGCUGUGGGCCUACACGGCUCAGCGGGACGACGAGCUCACCUUCGGCGAGGGCAACGCCAUCACCGUGUUGCGUCGCCAUGACGACACAGAGACAGAGUGGUGGUGGGCGCGGCUGAAUGACCAGGAAGGAUACGUGCCCAGAAACCUGCUGGGGCUGUAUCCCAGGAUCAAACCCAGGCAGAGGUCCUUGGCAUGAAGGCCUGAUCCAGGAGGAAGAGGAGGAGGAAGAGGAUGCAGUCAGCAGAGGAAGAGGAGGAUGGACCUUCACCGUCACAGGUGGCAGCAGACUGGAUCAGAGAAGGUGAUGGGACCGACCCGGAAGGACUUGUGUGACAGGCUGCUGGAAGACGACAAAGGAAGGAAACCAGUAUGUGAAGAAAACUAUGUUAAUGUUCCGGUUCUGGUCCAAAAGUCAGAAUAUGGUGGUACCAGAACCCAGUCCAUCUGCCGGGUGGUUCUGAUGCUUUAUUCUCUUAUUGUGUAGCUUUAUUCUAACUGUUUAGUCACUUCCUGUAUUUCCACUGUAGGAACCUUCCACGCCUCGAUGCUGCCAUCUGGUGGAUGGUUCUAGUUUGUUUCAUCUCUUUCUCUGCAUGCUGACAGCUAAUGUAGAAAUAUAAUAAAAGAAUGACCCCAACAGGAA